UGGAGGGACUGCUCUGUUGUGUGUUGCGGGUAUGACGUAUAUUGUGAACAAGUAUGGAGGGUCUGCCCUACGACGAAAAUAUUUUAAUAAAAAAACAGAAGUGAAAGACACGUGCUCAGUAAAACAGCAUCACCCUGAGGCUGAGGGACUUGAAUCGGACUCCUGUUCCAGCCAACUAUAUGAUCCAAAGUGGUGUGUGUCCCCUGGGAGCCUGUGGUGGGAAGUGGCAGGGGAUGCCUGGUCCCGAGGGGAGGGGGUUCCCAAUGACCCACUGUACGGGAUACCCCCAUGGAUGGAGGCAGGCGGGCGGGACGAAAGUGAAGAUGAAAGCCUCAGCUGGGACGAAGAAUUUAAUAUUCCAGCAGGUGCCCUGUGGGCUGACAUUUGUCCUGUGGUGGACUUGGUUUCAGAGGCACCCUACUAGCUGGAGGAGGAGGAAGUGGUGUAGGAGACAAGGUGAACAAGAGGGGAACGGUGUUGGAGGAGGAGC